CCGGCACAAAUAUACUAAUUAAGUACGCGACUCGCGACCAGCACGUAUUUGUUGUUCCUUUUUUAUCCUCCUCCUCCCCUUCUCCCGUAACAAAAACAAAGACGCGUAUUUUUUAUUGUUGCCCCAGGCAGGUUAAGCGGCUUCACCAUGGAGCCCCCAGCGGCUGGUAAUCUGCUGGAGAUCAUGGAUCUUGCACGCACCCUACGCCAGGAGCAGCUCUUCAUACAGCAGGAACAGGCUACCUUUGCCCAGCUGACCUCGGCCUUGGAGACGAAUGCGGGGACCAUUACCAAGUUGGCCUUUGUUUGUGCCCAGCAGCGGCAGAUCCUUAACGAAAUGCUGCUAGCUCGCACGGAUCAGGAUCCUUUGCUAUCCUGCAGAAGAGCAAGUGCCUACGACAGUGCCCAGUUUGUGGAUGCCAAGCAGCUGCUGCCGUAUGAACACGCCUUGGCCUAUGAGGAUUUGUUUAAUUACCUGUACAACACACCAUAUUUGCUGGCUCUUUCCCUGGCCACUGCGGACCGGCUGUCCCUGUUAUCCGCUAGUGCUCUUGGCCAAAUUAUCAACACAAUUGCCACGGGCCUGUAUGGCAAUGCGAUCAACACCAAGGAUGUGGAGUUGCUGCUAAAACUGCUGCGGGAACUGAUUGAAGUGCAGCUGCUGAACAGCGAGCAGCCUCGAAGAUUGCUGAGAACCAAUAGCAGCUCCUUUGCCCGCCUGUAUCAGCGGCUGGUGGAGAGUCUCUUUUCGGCCAGGAUAUUCUUAACAGCCGCUCUCCAUGCGCCGCUAAUGAGCGUUCUUAGUGAGCAUGAAAUCUGGCUGGAUCUGGAUCCCCACAAGUUGAUGCAGACAUUUACGCCGCGCGAACGUGAGAAACGUUUUGGCCCGGAAGGUGACGAGAACAAGGAGGAGUACCAGCGUAAUGUUGCUCGAUUUCAUGCGGAAACUCUAGGCAAACUCCACUCACAUGUCCAGGUAUUUGUAAAGAGUCUACAGCAAAGUUGGGCCCUCUUUCCCAGCUCCCUGAGAUGGCUGCUGCAAACGUUGAGUCAGCAAUUGAGGCAAUCGUUAACCCACGAGGAACAGGAUAUCCGCCAUCUGCUCACAGACCUGGUUUUUACACACUUCAUUUCGCCAGCGAUUGCCAGUGCCGAUCUCCUGGGCAUCAUCGAUGUGAAUGUCAGCGAACGGAUGCGGCAUAAUCUCAACCAGAUAGUCCGCUUGCUUCAACGCCUGGCAUUGAACGACGAGGACAGCGAACUGGUGCAGCUGAUGGAUCUUCUGAUGCUGGGACAAACCGGUGAGGAUGUGGUGGCCAUAUUACCGCAGCAAAGUGACUUUGAGCGCUCCCAGCUGGCCAUCAAUCAAAGGGAACUGGGACAGUUUGUGGAGUUCUUUCGGCUACUGAUUUCCCGCGAGGAAUACGAUAUAUCUGCAGAGGAGAGGCAGCGACUGCAUAGGAUUCUCAGCAGGAUACCCAAGCAACCGCAACAGCAGCAACCGGAAGUUGUCCCCGAGAUGUCGCGCGACAGUCCCGAUAAGGGUAAAAAGGGCAGCAGCAGCAGCAACAACCUGAUGAGGCUGGGCAAAGCCACCAAAAAGAAGCUGGCCAAGGGCAUGAGCUUUAGCAGUAAUCAUAACACCGUGCAAGUGGAACCGCCCUUAACCAACGGCCAAGCCAUCACCGCCAGUGCCACAGCGACAGCGAAUGGAGGAGGAGGAGGAGUAGGCAGCGGUGGAGCCGAUCUCGAGCAUAGCAACUCCUCGCACAGUGGCAGCAAUACCAGCCUGAGUUCCUGCGGCGCCACCAUACCGAUUCCAGCAGCUAAUGAACCGCCCCUUGCCCUCGAUGAGACGAGAUCAUCGGGCUCCGAUCCUGUGCUGCUCUUCAGUCUCUAUAAUGCCGGUGCCAAAUCCAAGCUAAAACCCCUCACGGAAGAGGAAGUCUUAAAGAUGAACUGCAUAGGGCAGGAUGGUAGCAAUCUCCUGCCAGCAGUGGUCACACACACGGCUCCCCUGGCGCCGUCAUCGAACAACGAUGAUGUUAGCAGUUUGGAGGCAAUGAGAAGGCCUCAGGAUGAUGCAUCCAUAGGAAAUUCGGAUAAUUUAGAGGCAAUCAGCGAGGCGGCCCAUUCGGUGGCCAGUUCCCUGGACCUGGAGGAGCAACAGGAGCGAGAUGUCCAUGAGAAUGAGGAUAAUCUAUCCGAUAUGGUCUCGGCAAACGUUUCUGGCCGUGGAACGCCCAAUAUUAGUGGCCGGGACACACCCUCCUCCCAGGUAACGGAUGGUGGAGAUGGCACUGGCGGUGAUCAUUUGGCCCAUCAUCAUCACCAUGGCGUCCACUCAAGAGCGGCAGCCAAUAAUCCCCAAAUGCAAAAGAUGCUACUCUCCAAGGCUCGAUCCGAUAUCGAUGAUAAGUUCUGCAAGUUUGAACUGAAAAAGUUCGAGGGUGAUGAGAAUGUGAGCAUCAUUUCGGACACUUGGUCUACGGAUGUGCUAGCCUCGGAUUCGGAGAACACACUGGAUGCCACUGGGAGUGAGCGUGGAGGCGCUGGUGAUAGGGACAACAACAGGAACUUUUCCACACCACUGAUACCCUCCGCUGUUGUGCUGCCAGGUGAUAAUAACUUUGUGGUUCAAGCUCUGGCCAGAGCGGGAGCCGGAGUGGGAGUCGGUGGUGUAGUCGUCGUCGGUGGUGGCGCCGGUGGCCCCCAAUUGGAUGCCUCCGAUCAGCGUUCGGAGAGCAAUUGGAGCACCGAUGUCUUGGCCAGUGAUUCGGAGAAGUUGGCCGAAAUAGAUACCGAUGACAAUGUUUCCAUAACGGCCAAAUCGGAUACAACAGCACCGCAGGCUGCCGUGCUCUUGGAUGACGAGGAUGAGGAUGAGGAUGAGCAGACACCCGGCAGCAGUGGCGAUGGAGAGCCCCACGAUCCGGAUCCAGAUCGGGGGAAUGGCAGCGAACGGAGUCAAGAGGAUUCGGCUUUCUUUGAUGCCGUCAACUCAUACGACGAUGCCAAUCUCUAUAUGGGCGCCUCAUCCCUGGCCAGGAGUUCGGUGCGUACCAGUUACCAUGUGAUGGGUGGCGAGAGUAGCUUCCAGCAGCAGUACAAGUGCAGUGGAGCGGAUUCCAGUGGCCGCAAGACCACACCCUUGAUGGGCACAUCAUGCAUGCGUCGCCAGACAUCGGCGGAGAGUAGUAUCAGCAAUCAGAGCCUGAAUCUGGAGGAACCACCGCCGCCGCCGAUGGGCAAGCAUCAUCAUCAUCAUCAUCGGGAUAGAGAACGAGAGCAUCACCAUCGAGAGCAUCAUCAUCAUUACCGGGAAAGGGAGAGAGAGCGAGAGAGGUCGGCUCUGAAGAAGAAAAAGCACCAGCAGGAGAAGGAGAAAGAGAAGCAUCGGGAUCUUAUCGAUUUCAGUGAUUGCAGCGAGGAUAAAGAAGAGCUGGAGAGGAAUAGAGAACUGGAGCAGCCGCCGGGACUGGUGCAGCAGCUCUUGGAUAUGUUCAAUCAGGAUGAACAGGCAGGAGGCGGAGGUGGAGCCUCGCCCAAUGUCGAACAUCGUCGCAUUUCCAUCGAGCAGCGUUCGGCCAUCAUUGAUGGCAGAAGGAAUGGCAUCCUGGCGGGGAGUAUGCGGCGUCACCAGAGCCUAAACUAUGAGAACCAUGAGAUCAUGCUUAAUUCCAUGUUGCCCAAAACCGAUGAUGACAAACAGGAGAUGCUCCUCUGUGUGCAAACGCAGCAAUUGCAGCUAGAGGAGAGAGCUGGAGGCUCCGUAGCAGAUGUUGUCCUACGAUCCGCUGAGGCGGAAGAUGCAGCAGCUGGAGUUGGAGUUGGAGCCGCUGGCUUGAAGCCACCGAACAAGGCCACCGGAGCCAUACCAAAGAGCAUUAGCUUCGAUGCCAGUGCCGAUAAGGAGAAGCAGCCCUAUCAUCGGGACAGGGAAAGAGAUCGGGAAAGGGACCGAGACAGGGAGCGGGAACGUGACCGGGAGAGGGAGAGAGAGAGGGAUCGUGAGCGAGAUCGGGAUAGAGAGCAUCAUCCGCACAGUGCUGGCAUUUUCAACAAACUCAAGCAGGGCAUCUUCAAGAAUCGUCGUGGAACCAGCGCCAGUGCCAAGAAUCAAAGCCACUCCAGCAACCCGGCCGCCUCCACAUCCCCAUCUUCGUCUGCUGCCACUGCCCAAGCGGAUCAUCGAAGCGUUAGCUUUGAUCCCAAUGCCGGAUGCGUGAACCACCACUUUGGCAACCACUACUGUGAUACAAGCGAGGACAUCCUGGCCAAAUACCGUCGCAAGGUGAGCAGCUCCAGUGAGGCCACCAACUCCGAUUCCAUGGGCAAUAAUAAUGGACAUGGCGUGCGUCUAGGAGGCAGUGCUGCAGCCGAAUCAUCGGGCGAUCUGCACAAGCACAUGAAUGGUGGCAUACAUCUUCCCGGCGUGGCCUUUGGCAGUGUGAAGCAGAAGCUUCGAACGGUAUUAUCCCGGACAGAUCUGCAUAGCGGUGACUUCCGGCAAACUUCCAGCUCUACCACGACCACAACAACGAUGGCUACCCCAUUGCAGAUCUAUCUGCAAAUCCAGUUGGCGCAAUGCAUCAGCAUGCAGCGGCUGCCGCAAAUAUCGCAUGUGGCCGAGGCAUUGCGCUGCUUGGCACAACUGGAGCGGCCACAGCAUGGUCAGCUGCUGUCGGAGUUGCAGCGUGAUCUGGAGCGGCGACAGAGCUACCUGCAGUACCUGAUGCGGCAUCGACAACAACUGCUGCUCCGGACAGAGCAACUGGAACAGCUAGAGGCACGGCUAAGUGGAGAGGCACGCAGCUGUCAACGUUGUUUGCUCCAGGCACUGGUGCGCAUGUAUCUGGCCUGGGCCCGGCAGCAGACGAAGCUGGAGGAGUUCCAAGCGGAAUUCGCCCAGCUGCGAGCCAGCGAUGAGCGGGUUGAGUUAACCGAGGAAUUUGUGGACUCCCUGCUGCAGGAACUGCGCACUAGUGCAGAUCUCCAGGAUGACUGGCAGCUGGAUGCGGCACGUGUGGCCAUCGAACGAAUGCUACUCGAGCAAAUGUACGAGCAGGUCAUGUUCCCCAACGAGGAUGCGGAUGUGUCGCGUGACGAGGUGCUUUCGGCUCACAUUGGCAAGCUCCAGAGAUUCGUACAUCCGGCUCAUCCAUCGCUGUGCAUUGCCCAGGAGUAUUUGGGCGAGGCACCGUGGACAUUUGCCCAACAGCAGCUUAGCCACAUGGCUGCCUACAAGACGCCGCGUGAGAAGCUGCAAUGCAUCAUCAACUGCAUUUCGAGCAUUAUGAGCCUGCUGCGCAUGUCCAGUGGUCGUGUGCCCGCUGCUGAUGAUCUUCUGCCCGUGCUUAUCUAUGUUGUAAUAAUGGCCAAUCCCCCCUACCUAUUGUCCACGGUGGAGUACAUUAGCUGUUUCCUCAGCAAGAAGCUUGUGGGUGAGGAUGAGUUCUACUGGACACUCUUUGGAUCUGUGGUGAAGUUUAUCAAGACAAUGGACUAUCUUGAUUAACAAUGGUGAUUUGUCAACGAUCAAUCCUCCAACGAUAUUUGUUUUGUAGUCAUUAGGUGGAUGUAUUUAUGUAUUUUGUAGAAUUGUUUACACUCCUCUUCCCUCCCCUAAAAAAUCUUUGUCUGAUAUUUUUUUUUUUGUACAAACAAAAAAACAACCUUGUGAGAACCCUUAAGCUAAGCUGAUGAGAGAUAGAAUCCAAUUGAUCAAAGCUAUUAAUAGCAAUUAAAUCGUGUUAAAUCGAAAAGAGGGACAAACAAAAAAUGCCAAGAAUGCUGAAGAGAGUUAUAUGUAGUUUUAGGAGAACAUUUUUCCAUGUUCAUAUGCUGUAUGCUAAAAGGCCUCGCCUGAUGGCUACCAUAAACCCAUCAUGAUGACAUAUAGUGAACGUAAUUGUGUAUUCUUAUGUGUAUAUUACCAACAAUAACUAGAGAGCAUAUUCUUCUAUUUAUAUAUAUUUACAUGCAUGUUUAUCAUCGGUCUAGCCUCUGUCAUAAUAAGUAUGUUUCGGAUACACGAACUGCAACUUAAUAUUCCUUAUUGUGUAACACAAAAUAAACAAAAUUAA